AUGGCUAGUCAAGUGCUGCCAGAACACUGGUCUGAGCUGAAUGCAGCGCGCAGACAACGGCACCUUUGCGUGGCGGACGUAAACAAGCUCAAGAGCUCCUGCGUCAAGGACUGCGGCAAGAAGCACGUCGCCGAGUGCAAGGAAUGCUACCGCAAAGUUCUCGAUCGCUUGAGGAAAAGAUAUAGCGAAAGCCAGGACAGGGAGUGGUUCUCGCAACGGCGGGCUUUUUUGCAGGAGCUCGAUGAUAUGUUCACGGACGCCAAGGACUACAACGGCAGUCUGCAGGCCAUUGAGGCGCACAUUGAAUCUGAGAAAGAGGCUUGGUACCGCUGGGUUCUACGGAGACACCCCGACUUUCUCGAGGUUGCCGAACACAAUGCGCCACUUGAAGAGAUGAGAGGAAUGCUUGGCGAUCCCGACCGAAGCCGGGAAGAGCUCGUGGCCAUGAUGUGGCAAGGUGUCGGGAAGCCAGAUGAUUGGUCCGAUAGAGUCGAUAAAUUUGCCGAAAAAGUCUCAGCGCUCAAGGACCAACCCGAAGAGCUCAAGAAGCUAUAUAUUCUCGAGUUUUUCAAGGACGAAAAGCAAGACCGCGUCCUCGACUACGCCCAGCCAUAUCUAGAUCAAUACCAAGCGUCCGAUAGGAUGACGUUGGAGCAAAUAGUCGGUCGAAUUGUCGAUGAUAAUCAUCGCAGCAAGAGCUCGCAAAGCCAGAGAGACACACACGCCAGUCGUCUAGACGAGCUACGCAGAGCAAAGACGGCCUUUGAGCAGAAGAGGAAGGAGUCUAAGGCGCUCCUUCGGGAAGCUCAGGCUAAGUCAGUGCUCUACGACCUACCUCCGUGCGCGGCAUGUCAGCGGACAGUUUUGACAGAUGAGAUCUUUUCAUGCUCUCUUUGCCAGGCAAUCUUGCAAAUGGGUGGAAACAGCAAACUGACAGUUUACUGCUCGGAAGAGUGCUAUCGAAAGGGACAGGAAGAGCACAUUGGGAAGCAGCACGACUGCAGCGCUGGCGAGCAGUGUGUUCAGCUCACAGACGAGGAUACGAUGAUGACUGAUAAUUCGACGCAAGCUGUGCUGUGCAAGAAAUGCAUCGACGACAAGCGUGCUACAGUAUACUGCUCGGAACGAUGCGCUUCGGAAAGACUGGCAGCGCAUAUGAAGGAGGCGCACGGCACUAGUUCAGUGACAGAUGCCAAGUCUGCUGCCGUGCCCAUCUCUGAGGUAGUCGGGCCGGCUUUGGAAAGGGAGAAUCCUACGCUCAAGAUCGAGCUGCUUUCAUAA